AUGGUCCUGGUCUUGAUAAUCGGUGACCUGCAUAUCCCUCACCGUAUUCACGACCUGCCCGUCAAGUUCAAAAAACUCCUUGUGCCAGGAAAAAUCCAGCAAAUUCUCUGCACGGGAAAUGUUUGCGACAAGGAAACGUACGAGUAUCUGAGGACAGUUUCACCUGACGUGAAUGUGGUACGAGGGGACUAUGACGAGAUCUCAACGUUUCCGCUUUCUGUAACUGUCGUGCACAACCCUAUAAAGAUUGGUGUCAUUCAUGGGCACCAAAGCGUGCCAACUGGCGACUUGGAUGCGCUUAGCGCGAUUGCUAGGCAAAUGGAUGUAGAUGUGUUGGUCAGCGGGCACACGCACUCGAUACAAGCGGUGGAAUACGACAAUAGAUUCUUCGUGAAUCCAGGUUCGGCUACCGGUGCUUGGACAGGGCUCUUCAACGGCGAUCCCAUACCUUCAUUUGCCUUGAUGGAUAUUCAAGGUCCCGUUGUCGUUACCUAUGUGUAUCAGCUUAUCGAUGGAGAUGUGCGUGUCGAGAAGGUGGAGUGGAGGAAGGAAACGGACACUGGGCCCAAGACUUUGCCGCAGCCUAUACCUAGUCCCACGCCGGGAAGUCCUCCUGGCGGGGGCUGCGGAGCUAAAUCUGUAUCUCUUCAGUAUAUAAUUCCGUGGCGAACAAUGACGCUCUGCCGAGAUCACCGGUUGGUGCGCGAGCAUUGGUUGCUCUACACUGCCCUCACGACUCACCCAACAACCACACCAACCCCACGGUCUCUACUUACUUUCUUCAUGGACAACCCUGCAUAUUUAUCGACUGCGACUCUGGUUCCCGCUAGUGCACCACCGAAUUUCGCAAAAACACGAAAAGAGGCAGACACGCCGUACGCCGCUGCCAGUCUUCAUUCGCAGUCGUCGUCAAUAUCGAGCAAGUACUCGUUGGGGCCGGAUCCGCACUCAUGGGGGAGCAAUCUGAAUCCACACGUCACCGAACCGGAUGACUUCUUGCAUAACCCCACAGUAAAAGGCGGUAGAAUCGUUGACGAUACCGAGCUGUCUUUCUCUUAUCGAGGCCUGGCCAACCUCGGCUGCCUAUCCAUUCUUUGCUUGGGAAUUCUCGCGCUAUUUUAUCGGGAUCGGAUGACAACAAGACUCAGUGCGAUUGACGCACUAGGUGUCAAUGGUUCGGGUCAGGUACCUGUAAUGCCAGGGAACCGGGGUCUCAUCGACGUAGAAACCCCAGCGACGGCGCACACGCAAACGUCAUGGAAAGAUCAAUCGGAGUGGCGCCUCGUCUUCUCAGAUGAGUUCAAUACAGAUAACCGUACUUUCUACCCUGGAGAUGAUCCCUAUUGGGAGGCGGUGGAUCUUCACUACUGGGCCACGAAUAACAUGGAGUGGUACGAUCCUGCUGCAGUGACGACGGCCGGUGGCCAUUUGGUUAUCACGCUGUCCCAACAACAAACGCACGAUCUGGACUAUCAAGGAGGACUGGUCUCAUCCUGGAACAAAUUUUGCUUUACGGGUGGAUACAUCGAAGCCUCUGUUCAGCUUCCUGGCGCCAACAACGUCGUUGGUCUGUGGCCGGCCGUAUGGACGAUGGGGAACCUGGGGCGUGCUGGCUAUGGAGCAAGUCUCGAGGGAAUGUGGCCAUACAGCUACGACGCCUGUGAUGUCGGUACAGCUCCUAACCAAACAAUUGAUGGGCAGCCGGAGGCCGCAUUGACAAGCGGCCUUGAAGACGCAGGGUUCGAGUUGUCUUAUCUACCUGGUCAGCGGCUGUCACGAUGUACAUGUUCGGGGGAGAGCCAUCCAGGGCCCAUGCACUCCGAUGGCACGUUUGUAGGACGUUCGGCACCUGAGAUUGAUAUUUUCGAAGGCCAGAUUACCGGAGAUCCCUUGUCGGGUCAGGUUUCCCAGUCUGGGCAGUGGGCGCCCUUUAACAAAGGAUACAUCUGGGAUAACAGUUCGGACAACUUGGUUAUCCAAGACCCCUCCAUCUCGGUUCAGAACACUUACCUGGGAGGGGUAACACAGCAAGCAACAUCGGUCGUUACCAACACGAAUCAGGAUUGCUACCAACUCGAGGCUGGAUGCUUUUCGGUGUAUGGAUUUGAGUACAAACCGGGUUAUGAUGGCGCCUACAUUACUUGGGUUUCUAAUGACCAAAUUGCUUGGACGAUGAAUGCAGGCGGCGUCGGCGCCGACAGCGCUACGAAUAUCUCUGCUCGGCAAGUACCACCAGAACCAAUGUAUAUCAUGGCCAACCUUGGAAUGUCUACCAACUUUGGGCCUGUAGACUUGGAGCACUUGCAGUUCCCCGCCAUCAUGCUCAUCGACUAUAUCAGGGUUUACCAGGACCCGAAUAACAUCAACAUCGGCUGUUCUCCGCCUGACUUCCCGACGCAAGCGUAUAUAAAUACGUAUAUUGAAGCGUACUCGAAUCCCAACCUUACCACAUGGCGGGACGAUUUUCAGCAGCCUUUCCCUAAGAAUUCCUUGGUUGAUGGUUGCUAG